AUGGAUCAUCCAUGGCGUUUCGCAGCCGGCGCCGGCAACGACCUCUGCCCCGUCUGCACCGCGCCCCACUUCCCCUUUUGCCCGCCUCCGCCUCUCCCGCCCCACCCCUUUCCCUACGAUCUCCACCCACCGCCCCCUCCUCCCCCGCCCCAGUACCAUGCCCCCUUCCACCCGCCGCCGCCGCCGAUGUGGGCUCCUCCGGGGCCGCACCCGUACGAUCUCCUCGACACGGAAGGCCCCCACAAGAGGAUGCGCGUGGGGGAGGCGCCUCCGUUCUCCGGCCCGCCCCCUCCCUACCCGCCAAUGUUGGGCAGGGCUUCUGUGGAGGGAGAGCGGCUGCUCGGGCUGAUCCGGGAGCAUGGCCAUGGCCGCGCUCAGCUGCCGCCUGCACAGUGGCAUGGUGAACCGUAUCCACCCGAUGGUUUCGGCUAUGGAGGAGAUGGGGCUUAUCCUCCUCAUCAAAAUUAUAAUAACCCGUAUGCGCAGGGAGGCAAUUUCACUGAUUACGAUCUCGCCAGAAGGAUGCCACCUCCGCCGAUGCCGUUUGAUAGGUAUAGUGCCUUAGAUUCGGUAGGAGGAUCUCAGGAGAAGUAUUUCGACCACCAUCACCAUCAUCAGUUUCACCCUGAAGCAUUGCCGGGUGCUCCACCACUUCCUUCAGUACCACAACAUGCUGAGGCAGGAAACCAUUAUGAUUCCCGCGAUUGGCGUCAUCAUGCGGGUGUUGUGCUGCCACCACCAGAUCCUGCAAUGCCUUCUACCCCAGAUUAUCAUGCAAUGCCACCUCUGCAGGCAGCAAACUCGUCAUUGUUUCCUGUCCUCUCCAGUUCCCCGGCUACUACAUCACUUCCACCCAGUGAUAAUACCUUGCAUCAUUCCCACCUGAUGCCAAACGCAAAUUAUUACAAUGGACCCAACAAAAAUGAGGGGGUAGAUUUCGUACAUCGGCAACAAUCGGAGCAGCAUUUGGGAGAUAGAAUGCCAACACAGGACAAACAUUCUUUUAACAAUGUGGAAGUCAAUGUUGUUAAUGCAUGCGACUUGUUCAAGCAGCCCCUUUGUGCUUCACGCCCUGAUCAUAUUGUUAUCAUCCUGCGAGGGCUUCCAGAACUUGUAGGUAGUGGAAAGAGCUACCUUGCGAAGGCAUUGCGUGAUCUUGAAGUUGAGAGUGGUGGAAGUGCACCCAGAAUUCACUCGAUGGAUGACUAUUUCAUGAUUGAGGUUGAGAAGAAGGUCGAAGACAACCAAGGGUCUAAAUCUUCUACUGCAUCCAAAGGACGGAAACAGUUGACCAAGAAAGCGAUUGAAUAUUGUUAUGAGCCUGAAAUGGAGGAGACCUACAGAUCAAGCAUGUUAAAUGCGUUUAAGAAGACCCUUGAUGAAGGGAAUUUCACAUUUGUGAUCGUGGAUGACCGCAAUCUGCGGGUAGCUGAUUUUGCUCAAUUUUGGGCAAGCGCGAAGAGAUCUGGCUAUGAGGUCUACUUGCUCGAGGCACCAUACAAGGAUCCAACAGGCUGUGCUGCUAGGAAUGUGCAUGGGUUUACAUUGGAUGAUAUCAAAAAGAUGGCAGCUGAUUGGGAGGAGGCUCCACCACUAUAUGUGCGACUAGAUACCCAUUCUUUAUUCCAUGGUGACAAUCUUCAUGAGCAUUCUAUACAAGAGGUUGAUAUGGACACAGAGGAUACUGAUGAUGCUGAUGAUACGGCAGUUAACACCCAGUCUGGAAGCUCAAAGAAGGCUAUACCUGAAUCAGCAGAUGAUGUACCUGAUCAAGGGGACAGGUGGGAUUCAUCAGAUGAAGAAGACUUAGAUGACAUUAAGGAGCUAGGACAGAGCAAAUGGUCAAAAGAUUUUGAUGAGGAUACUGACAGGUCCAAGCAUGCAGAUGGAAGUACACAUACUCUUUCUGUGCUGGCCAAGACAUAUGGCACCCAUCAAAAAACACUUACUUGGGGUGAUCGGCUUGAAAAGGGUGGAUUUUCUAUCGGUGCAGCCAAAAGGAGACCCACUUCAUCUUUAAUCAUAGGACCUGGAUCAGGGUACAAUUCGGUCUCCAACCCCUUGGCUGAAGAUAAUUCCACAGGCGUGAAGGAUAAAGUAAACAAUGAAACAAAAAGACGGUUCAGUGAGCAACUUCGUGAUGAAGGUCAAUCCUUCAGGGCAGUUUUCGACCAGAGAAAACAGCGCAUUGGGGUUUUCGACAACGGAAAAAAUGAGUAA